AUGUUGGGAGGGACUGGUCUCAGUGGACGCGGCGUCUUGCCCGCCGUGGCCCGGCAACGGUUGUAUGCCUUCUCUCGUUCCAGCCGAUCGGUUUGUCCUCCGCCGCAGUCAUCUCUUGUCGGCUCCAGUACGAGGUUUGUUGACUUUGCCCUACAGAUGUCCUCUUUCCGUCCGCAGACCCUGAGAACCGCCGUCCCAUAUGGUCAAUCCAAGCAGACGCUGCUUGGAACACGCUCCUGGCGCCCUGCCACUGCCAUCACCGGAGUGGCCGCCGCUCGCUUCAAUUCCACCUCUUCGGCUCCUUCAUCGACUACUGUCUCGGACCCGGCGGCCAGUGAUGUCUCUCUCGCACCUCAAGGAGAAGUCAACCUCAAUGAUCUGACCGCGGCUGAUAUCAAUGCGAUCCCGGAGCAGAUUGGAUAUUUGAAGCAAUUGGGCUUGGAUUUCGGCUGGGGUUUUUCGUCCAUGAUCGAAUACAGCGUUGAGCAUUUCCAUAUCAUGGGUGGUCUCCCCUGGUGGGGUGCGAUUGUCGCAACCGGUCUCUUCGUUCGUCUGGGUCUUCUGUACCCUACGCUUAUGGCUGCGGACACUAGUACCAAGCUCAACAACAUCAAGCACCUCACCACUCCGCUUCGGACGGAGAUGGUUCAGGCCAACUACAAGAACGACCUGAUGGAAGCGACACGGAAGCGGGCGGAGCUGAGCCAGCUACACAAGGACCACGGUAUCAAGCCCUGGAAAGCGAUGAUCCCGAUGAUUCAUAUCCCCUUCGGUUUUGGUUGUUACCGCGUCGUCAACAACAUGUGCAGUCUGCCGGUGCCCGGACUGACUACGGAACACGUUGCUUGGCUUCAGGACCUUACUGUCUCCGAUCCCUACUAUAUUCUUCCUUUGAUUGGAUCGGUCAUCCUACAUCACACUCUCAAGAAAGGAGGAGAGACCGGAAUGAACCAGAUGAAAGACUCUGCUUUCAAGAGCCUUUUCCUCUACGGCAUGCCCACCAUUUCGUUCCUGUUCAUGGCCAACUUCCCGGGUGCCCUUCAGCUCUACUUCUUGACCACCAGUGUGUUUGCUCUGGGGCAAACGUACCUGCUUAGCUCGGCUACCUUCCGGAAGAUGGCCGGUAUCACCCUGGUGGAUCAUAACGUCCCGAAGCCCGACGAACAGCCAAAAAACGACCUUGGCCUCCGCUUGAUCAACGAGGUACCUGACAAGGAGGCCGUCCAGAAAGCGGCUGCGGAGGCCGAACGCGAAAGGUUGAGUCUCAUUGAUCGUACCCUUGGACAAGUCAAGGAGACUGGGUCGAAGCUCAAGGAUGAGAUGCAGAAGAAGGUUGAGGAGUACCGGGGCAGCGGUCCUACCAAGAACGCGGAUGGAACUGUUUCCGCGGGCCCUCGACUCAGUGAGAAGGACCGCAAGCUGGCGGAGGACUACGAGAGACGGCGUUCUGAGGAGGAGGCGUGGAAGCGCGAGGAGCGGAACCAUGCCCGCCGCGAGGCUCAUCUGAGGGCCAUGGAGCUGCAGCGCCAGAAGGCUGCGCAGGCGAGCCGGCAAUGA